CAGCACGCUGAAUAACUGUUGCCUAUAAGAUCCUUCCUAAACGCUGAAGGAUUUAUCUCAGACAUGGAAUACUUCUCUGGAUCAAUUGAAAUAAAUGUGACAGAAGAAAACAGCACCUAUGUAAAUGAGCUGGAUGGUGAUUUUGAUUUGCAGGGCCCAUGCUACGCAGAAGAGAACAAUGACUUCAAUCGAAUCUUUCUGCCCACCAUCUACUCAUUCAUCUUUCUGCUUGGAAUAAUUGGCAAUGGAUUGGUGGUGUUGGUCAUGGGCUAUCAAAAGAAAUCCAGAACUAUGACUGACAAGUACAGACUGCAUCUCUCAGUUGCUGACCUCUUGUUUGUCUUUACACUUCCAUUUUGGUCUGUGGAUGCUGCUAUUGGUUGGUACUUCAAGGAAUUUUUGUGCAAAGCCAUCCAUGUCAUUUACACAGUCAACUUGUAUAGCAGUGUCUUGAUCUUGGCGUUUAUCAGUCUGGACCGAUACUUGGCAAUUGUUCAUGCCACCAAUAGCCAGGGGUCCAGGAAACUUUUAGCUGAAAAAAUUGUGUAUGCUGGAGUGUGGCUUCCAGCUAUAUUGUUAACUGUGCCCGACGUAGUGUUUUCCAGUGUGACUGAUGUAGGAGAUUCCUACGUAUGUGACCGUAUCUAUCCAUUUGAGGACAGGGAUAACUGGACCAUUGGAUUCCGUUUUCUCCACAUCACAGUUGGUCUUCUGUUGCCUGGACUCAUCAUAUUAACUUGCUACUGUGUCAUCAUUUCAAAGUUGUCACACUCAAAAGGUCAUCAAAAACGCAAAGCCUUGAAGACCACUGUCAUUCUCAUCUUGGCUUUCUUUGCCUGUUGGCUCCCUUAUUACAUCUGUCUCACUAUAGAUACUUUUGCUUUACUUGGAGUCAUCAAGUUAGAUUGCAGCCUGGAUAACACCAUCCACAAGUGGAUCUCCAUCACGGAAGCCCUAGCCUUUUUCCACUGCUGCCUCAACCCAAUCUUGUACGCUUUCCUCGGAGCCAAAUUUAAGACAUCUGCCCAGAACGCCCUGACAUCUGUCAGCAGAGGAUCUAGUUUGAAAAUACUGUCAAAAAAGCGUGCUGGGCUCUCAUCCGUCUCCACAGAGUCAGAGUCCUCUAGUUUCCACUCAAGCUAACAGUGCCUGAUGGCAAAGGACUUCUAUUUCAAAACACAGACUGAUAAUUGUAUAUAAACUUCAUAUUCCUUAAGGAAUUUUAUUGACUUUUCUUAUUGACUGCCAGAUUCCAAUGCCUUAUUUAUAUAAAUAUUUUCUUUUUUCUAUUUCUUUAUUGUAGGCAGGCCCUAUGGACUGUUGAUUGGUUCUCAAUAAACUUGUUACAUUUGUCCAUUGUGUGCCAACUUUGACAUCUCUGUCAAGGGACCUUCCCAGCUUUUCAUUUAUGUGACACUCAGUUUCCAGAACAAUAACUCAGUGGUAGGGUAUACAUUUAAUUUUCCGGCUGUCAGGAUCCCCGGCGGUCAAUAUACCGACGCCGUAAUUUCCGACAGCUGGCAUUACCAGAAGCCGGAAUACCGAUGCAACAGGACUAUUAACACUCGUGGGUAUCAACGACACCCAUAGAGUGGGAAUAGAACCAGGAAAUCAUACUGAACCCAGUGGUAGUUACAGAAGACAAAGGACAGACGUGCAUGUAUCCCAUGCAUGGGUAAUGUGUGACAUUUCCACAAAAUGUGUAUAGAGCGGUCUGAUCUACUAUUUAUUCUGCAGUUUUGAAUGUGUAUAUAGGAAAAAGACACGAAUGACGUAGUACAGGGGAGAACUAAUUACUUAUGUUGUUUAAAUGGGGGUAUAAUGCAUUUGUUGGAUUGUACAGUACAUUGGCAAAAUGAGUCAUGUAGAUUAUGCUUUAUGUUAUAUAUAUAGCAUGAUAAAUAAUAUGAAAAGUAUGUAUUGCAAUGGAAAAUAGCUUUGAGGUCAGUAAUUAGAUUCAUUCUAAUGAUGCAGAUAGCAAGUGCUGUAUAAUAACAGAUUAAAAUGACACAUUAUUUGACAUAACUCAACGUAAAUACAUAGAUCUCAGGAUCUGCAACACUAGACCAAUUUGGUGUCCAAUCUCUUAAUCAGUAAAAUCAAUUCCAAAAACUAUAUUGACACCAAAAAGUAAUAUGACCCUCUGACCCCCAACCUCAACCCCCCCCCCCCCCCCCCUCCCCUCCCCACCUAGGCAUACGCUAACCUUUUAUUAGGGGUUUUAAUUACACUUCAGGUGCUGUUUACUACUGUUAGGGCAAACUUACAGAGUGACAUGUAGCAGCCAAUCACUUAACUGUUACCUUCUGUUAUCAGUCUAUUGAAGGGUAGACAAAUGCGAGAAGGCUUCUGAUUGUUGCUGUUCUUGAAUAUACUCCCAAAUGUUUUGUCUAGAUUCAACUUAAAUUCAUUAUUGAUGUAAGAAAAGUGUAAUUGUUGAAGACUACUCUGGACCUUCUGUGUAAGUGUUGCGUGUGACUGCACUUAUUGAAUGUCAUAUGUUUAUACAGUAUGUCUACUUAGCAUAGAAUACGUGUCCAAUUCAGUAUUGCCAUCCUUACAAGUCAUAUACUGAACAAUGUACAUAAUGUUUGUUAAUAAAAUCAUAAGAAAUUAAA